AUGGCGUUACACUAUGGUACUAUGUUUAGAGAGUGCAUCCGCCAUCAGAUUGUUGCAAAUUCAGAUAUGUUUUGGACUCACAGCAUGCGAAGAAGUUCUUUCACUACAUACAGCUUCCCAAUUUCGACAUUGCUGCUGAUGCUGCUGCAACUUUUAAGGGAACUUCUGACAAGGCACAAGUCUACAGUUGCUGAGUUUCUCACUAAGAACGAAGACUGGUUUUUCGCAGACUACAACUCAAAGCUUCUUGAAUCAAGUAAUUAUAUAACCAGACGGCAAGCUAUUAAGUUGUUGGGCGAUAUAUUACUGGAUCGGUCAAAUUCAGCUGUGAUGACGAAAUAUGUGAGCUCAAUGGAUAACUUGAGGAUUCUCAUGAAUCUUCUGAGGGAAUCAAGCAAGACCAUUCAGAUAGAAGCGUUCCAUGUUGUCAAGCUGUUUGUAGCAAACCAAAACAAGCCUUCAGACAUCAUCAACAUUCUGAGAAUGGACCUGGUUCUCAACCUUCUUAUGUUUAUGAUUCAUGUCUGUUUGGUGGCAGAGGACGAGAGCUUUGAUGCAGACAAAGCUCAGGUGGUGAAAGAGAUCGCAAGCCUUAAGCCGCGAGAUCGUGCUUGA